AUGGUUGUUAAAUCCAAGCACUUGAUCGCUGCCUUCAAUGCCGUCGUCGGCUCCUACCUAGGCACAAACUUCUUCGGCGACACCGUCACCAUCAGGGCACCUUACUGCCCGCUCAUCCGCUACCGCUCGGCCUUGUCUCGCUAUCGCAGUGCGCAGCCCGCCUGUCAUGACGAUGAAUAUGCGGCCACCACAGCCAAACACAUCGACGUCCUUCUCGAAUACCUGGACAAGGCCUACGGCAACCAGAUCCGCGAGGAGGAGGCCCGCCACAAGAGGAGCCCGCCCGUCGCGACCUUUGAAUGGCUCUGGUUGGCAUUCAAGCCGGGCGAGGUGGUGUAUCGCAAGAUCCACGACGUCUGGACGGCGUUUGUCAUCGGCAACGUCAGCGCCAAACACCGUGCCGACAACGGCAAAGUCAAAGAAUACAAGAUUGACUGCUGGAACAUUCGGUAUCGUCAAGAGCGCAUGCAGCGCACCUCCAGCACCUUUGAAAUCUCUCCUUUCCCCGGCGAGCAGGCCCUGCACACUCUGGCGGGUGUGCCUGCUGCCUUUUUCCCAGAGGAUUUGGACCAGCAAGGUGGUCUUACCAUGGCCCAGAGACAGAUUAAGAUGGGUAAGAUGUACUGGGAGCUGGUCAAGCGGCCGUCUUAUAAGGAAUAUGACGGGCGACUGGUAGAUAGGGACGGUCGACGAGGAGGUCACCUGGCCGGCCGUGUCAUCGUCGACGCCGAGGGCUAUGAUCGCUUCGCCCACCAAGCGCCUGAUCAACGCAUGCAACCAGGUCUAUUUCCCAACCCAGGUCUGAUGAUGCCCGCAGGCCAGCCCAAGAUUAUUCUGCCGCAGUUCGCUCCCCAGUGCACCUGCGACGCAUGCACCCGCCAACAGGAUCCCAGCCGUGCAAGGACGCCGGGCCCGUUCGCAGACUUUGAAGGGCGCGACCCGCGCAAGCACGAGCCGCCACGAAACGACCUGUACUUUCUCGUCUGCUCGCCCGACAUCCCAGCCCUGCUCCUGGCGGACCGCCGCUGGGGCCAUGUCCGCGUCGACCGCCUGGCCGAGGUGAAGUGCGACACCGAGGCCUUUGGGAACCUGGUGCUGGACCCAGGCGUCAAGCUCACCGUCAAGGCCCUGAUCGGCAAGUUCGCCGCCGCCGACGGCACGGUGUCGCCCUGGCCUCGCGAUUUUGUCCGAGGCAAAGGUGAGGGCCGCAUCUUCCUCCUCCACGGCAGCCCCGGCGUGGGCAAGACCUGCACGGCCGAGUGCGUCGCUGAGCUUACCCACCGGCCCCUGCUGGCCAUCACCAGCGGCGACCUGGCCCACCCGAACGUGGAGCGCAGCCUGGGCUACUUCCUCGCCCUGGGCGAGCGCUACGGCGCGCUGGUGCUGCUGGACGAGGCCGACGUCUACCUCGAGCGCCGCCGUACCCGCGACCUGCGCCGCAACGCCCUCGUCAGCGUCUUCCUGCGCGCCCUCGAGUACUACCGCGGCGUGCUCUUCCUCACCACCAACCGCAUCGAGUCCUUCGACCCGGCCUUUACCAGCCGCAUCCACGUCGCGCUGCACUACAGGCGCCUGACAAACGAGGACCGGGACCGGAUUUGGACCAACAACUUUGAUCGCCUCGAGCGGGACAAUGCCGGCAAGGUUGUUGUCUCUCGUGGCGCGCGGGACUAUGUCUCCAGGCGUGGUGGUGGCGGCGGCGGCGGGGAGGUUAGCGAGCUGAAGUUGAAUGGUAGGGAGAUCCGCAAUGCGCUGCAGACGGCUGUGGCGCUUGCCGAGACCGACGCGGCGGAGGAAGGUGUUGAGGAGAUUCACAUUGCAGAGAAGCACUUGCGCCAGGUCGUCAAGAUGAGCAGGGGUUUCAAGGAGUUUCUGCUGAAGAGGAGGGGUUAUGAUGAUGAGGAGGAGGAAGACGAGGAAGAUGAAUAUGGGGAGGGGGCUGGAGCGGGCAGGGAUAGUGACGAGGAGAGGCGUGGACCACCUGACAUGGGCUGGGGGUUUGAUACCCUGUGA